AUGGCGAGCGGAAAUAACAGCUUCGGCUCCUCUGUCGGCGGCUUCGAUAAACUGCACGAAGGUGGCAUGGAUGUCUUGCGAGAUGCGAAAGCACGACCGGAAUCUCGUGAUGCCAACCAGGAGGCCAGAGAACGUAGAGUUGCACAACUAAUGCUCGACCAGACGGCGAUGCCUAUGACCGUCAACGAAGUUAACAUCCUCGGCGGCAAUAACAUUCGACGUCCUUUUCUCGAUCCAAUUGUUCAGCCAUUGCUGGCUGAUCAGCCGGGUGCCCCUUCUACAGUGGGAGAGGUGUUGGCAAAAUUAAAGGAGACCAGCGGGAAGCUGAGUGCGCUCCAAAUACUGCGAGAGCCCCCGGAGGUCUUCCUUCAGCAAUCCGACCCGACAGAUGCAUCCUCGAACCCGACUGAUGUUAAUGUCUCUCUGUCCCUCAAGGAGCUGCCCCGCUUCAAACUGCAGACGGGAACUGAUGUUGGCAAUGGCGAGGGCUCCGCGUACGGCUCCUUGCUGUGGCGCAACAUAUUUGGAGGCGCCGAGAUGCUGACGCUUAACGCGCGGUCCGGCACGCGAACGCGCUCCGCCUAUAGCGCCAACCUCGGCGCCCCGGUGCUGAGCAACCCCGACGUGCGCGUCUCGCUCGAAGCUCUCGCCUCGGCCUCGGAGAAGCCGUGGGCAUCGCACGAGGAGGUCCUCAAGGGCGGCUCGCUCCAGCUCUCUUGGAUCAACAGGCAGAGGGACAGCCAUACGCUCGAGUACUCAGGUUUGUGGCGGCAGGUUACGGGCCUCGGCCAGGGCGCGAGCGCGACGGUGCGGCAGGACGCGGGCGACUCGAUCAAGAGCGCACUCCGACAUACAUUUUACAGAGAGCGCCGCGAUAACCCGCAACUGCCACAGGAGGGCUACAUGGUUCGAUCAAAGUUUGAGCUCGCUGGUGUAGGACCUCUUGGAGGCGACGUUGCUUUUUCAAAGAGCGAGCUCGAGCUCGGCGGCGCCAUUCCCGUUCCCCUGCCCGGUUCAUCACAGAAGUCUGGCAUCUCCAUCGGCGGCGGUUUCCGCAUGGGCAUGCUGUGGCCUCUGCCCUUGGGCUUGGACCUAAAUGGCAAGGCGCAGCCCAGCCGUAUCAACGACCGCUUCCAGCUCGGAGGCCCCGCCGACGUGCGAGGAUUCCAGCUUGGCGGUCUAGGACCCCAUGAUGGCAAAGACGCGGUCGGCGGCGACCUGUUUGCUGCUGGCAGCGUCAACAUGCUCCUGCCUUUACCCUACAAGGGCCCCGAGUCUGGCCUGCGCUUCCAGGUCUUUGCCAACGGUGGCCGGCUGGUGGCUCUGAAGAGCGCGAGCAAAACCCAAGGCGGCGAGGGCGGCGCAGCUGCAGCUGGCCUGAGUGCCACGGCUGUCCGAGACGGCAUGAUUAAUGCCGUCGGGGACUUGCUGAAUGGGGCCCCGAGCGCCGCCGCCGGUGUCGGUCUCGUGUAUGCGCAUCCCGUUGCGCGGUUUGAGCUCAAUUUCAGCCUGCCUCUGGUGCUGCGCAGGGGUGAGGUCGGCACCAAGGGGCUGCAGUUGGGGGUCGGCAUCAACUUGAUGUAA